AUGGGUAUCGAGGGCCGCAACGCACCUCCCCUCCCAGCACCCACCGAAACCGACACGACCAACGACGUCAGCGAGUUUGGCAUCAGCGAGAUAGGCGCCAGUGAAUUUGGCUCCAGAACCACCGACAAAAGCCAGUACACACUGCCCGAAGACGGCAGUCCCGUCACAAUUGCGACCCGACGGAAGAAAGGCGGCAAGGACGGCCUGGGAAACCUGUCCUCGAAUAAAUCCCAAACCUCCCUACUAAUUGAAUACUUUGAGGGCGGAAAAGAGGGCAAGUCGGAAUCUCGCAGGCCCUCGGUCAGAGUGAAGGUCACACCGUCAUCCAAAAGCAAGGGCCGAUCGACCAACGACCACAUCCAGAUCACCGAGCGAAAAGGGACACGAAAACCCUCCUACACCAAGAGAAUUCAGCUGUCGCCCAACGUCCGAGACGACAAAUCCGUCGAUGGUGAGGGCGAUGAUCACAGUCUUCACUCUUAUCGCUCAGCCACCGAGGAGUCCAACGUCACUUCAAGAGGCGGUGGACCAAUUGAAGUGGAAAUCAUGCCGCGACGCCAUGGAAGCCCAUUGAUCCCAAGUGAAUCGAAUCUUGCAAAAUAUGUACAACAAACGGCCUCCGAGAUCUCUUCCAUGCCCGCCGAUAGUUUUCUCGAUGGACAGACACGCUCACCUCAAUCACCCCAGCGAAAGCGUAGUCGAAGUCUAUCAAGAGGGGAAGCAUUGGCGAUUGGCGCCGGCGCUGGUCUGGCGACGGGUGCCCUAGCUGACAAGUUAAGCGCUCCUACACGGCGACGCAGUCGAAGUCUUAGCCGGGAGCGGAUUGUUGUACAAAAGGCAGCCGAGAAGGUUCGAGGUGAAAAAUCCGAGCGCCGGCGCAAACAUCGAAGUCGAAGCCGGAGCAUGAGUGGAGAACACCUAGAAGGCAUCAAGUCUCCCAGAAGAAGGUCGAGUCGAAGUCAUCACGAAGAGUCGCUUGUUUCUGGUGCAGAUUCAAGUCUGCUUAAUUCUCAUCUGAGUGGUAAAUCAGGCGAUGCAUAUUCAUUUAGGUCUGGCACCUCGAAAUCUUCAAUCAACAACCCAAAAUUACUUGAAACAGUGGAGGAUGCCAUCCGACGACUGAUAUUACCUGAACUGACCGCACUGAAGCGAGAGCAGAGCAAGCGGACUUCGCAUCAUGAGCGUGAAAGAAGAGGCUCGCUUACGUCUGGCAGUGGCGUGUCUGGCCUGUCCAAAGAUUCACGAGAGGAGACUUCGAGCACCCGAAAACGAUCUGAACAUGGAAGUACUACAGACCUUUCAUCCAGACCAAAAGUCAUUCUUAACGACAAGGAGGUCUUAUCGGGCAAUUCCAUCAAGGCUCGCAAGGACAAAAAUAUCGAUAGAGUCAAGUUAACAGACUCGCCUAGAAGCUUCGAGCGAGGCUCGUCAGAAGAGACUGCCAUACAAGAUGGCGAGCGUGUACGCAAGAAGCGAAGUAGUCGCGGCAUGGAAAGCUCUGCGAUUGAUGCUGGAGUGGGCGCUUUAACCAGUGCAGCAUUACACAAACACCAGUCUCAGGAUUCGGUCAACAGUGAGAAAAAGGAGCGCCGCCGCAGGAGGACCAAGACACAUAGCCGGACUGGCAGUACAGCCGAAAGCUAUGAUGAGCGAGAACUUGCUCCGCCAAUAAUGCCUCUUAUGAGCGAGAUCAACCCUUCUGAUAUCACCAGAAGCUCAAUAUUGUCGGCAGAGACCGAUCGGCCCAACUCAGCAAGUCUAGAACACCGACCUAUGCAAAUUCAAGAAGUAUCCCGUGGUGUUGGCUCCCCCGCAUCGUUGACGCCGACAAGAACACCAGUUGCUUUACAGCAAGGCCUUGGUACACAACACUCGAAUUACUCGCGUGGAAACCUUAGUCUUCAUAGUCAACACAGUGAACAACAACUGCGCAGUGAAGAAUACGAAUUGGACGAGCAUGGCCGCAAGGUCCCAAUGCAUGGCUCUACAGAACAACAGAGCUCAUACGUCGAAGAAGAGCGGGGCACUGGUCGCUCACGAGUCAUCGGCGCUGGCAUGGCUGCUCUUGGAGCUGCCGGCCUAGCGGCAUAUCAACAUCAUGACGACGAUCAUGAAGAUUCUGAACUUCUCGAUGACUAUGACCAGCCAAGUUAUUAUCAGAAUACUCAAGAGGUACCACCGCCACUACACUAUGUCCCUUACGGUCAUGAAAGACGGGGCCUGAGCCCUAUUCAAAGCGUUUCCGGAUACACAGAAGGCGACCCCGACCUACAACGCUCGUCCAGAUUAACACACAGUACAGGAUCGUAUUCGUCUCUGGGCAAAUCCGUUGAUCAAAACUGGAAAACCAUUGGAAGUUCCACAAAGUCAAUGGACUCAUUGGGCAAUGGUCAUCAUAAUCGCCAUGACUUUCAAGAGGUCCGGCAAGGCGGGCUUACGGAUUCUGAGCUUACACAGGACGGCGAGUAUUGGGAGGAGCAACAUCGGGAGAACAACCGCAACCGUGAGAUGGACUCGGAAAGUUAUCACAGUUCUGAUCCCCGUGUCGCAGCUGGUCAAAAUGUUCGUGGUGUAGGCCUAAAUGCAGAAUACGUGGACACUCCCAUCGCAGUUGAGUCUGCGGUAGCGUCGUUGCUCAAUGCUUCUGAUCUUACAAGCGGCGUAUCCGGGCAUUCAGGUAACAAUGGUAAAUACGAUCGAAGAGGAUCAUACGCAUCAUACGAGGAUGACUCUGAGAGGCAUUUCACCACAAGCCCCGCCAAAAAGGGCAUGGGCAGAGGUCAAGAGCACGACGACUCUGACCGGGCUUCAAGUCGCCAAGAUAGCCCAACCAAAUAUUCUGAAUACGAACUCGACGACCAAGGACGGAAAAUUACUAUGCCCAAAUCAAAUGCGCACGCAGUCGAAAGAGAAAUUGCUGCUGGAGCUGCUGCUGCAGUUCUCAGGAGUCACAAGAAGAACGAUGCCGACGAAAUCCAGUAUCAGCAAUGCGAUGACACUUCUGGUGCUCCAUUAAAUAAAUCGUUCAAAGAGCGAGCUUUAGAAGGUCAAGGUCAAAUCCCUUCGCCACGCCAGAGUGUAAUUUCUGGAAUGAGCAUAGCAAGUAGCCAUGAACCAGCAAUGGGUGCCAGCGGACUCCCAGACUUAAAUAAUCCUGAGCCAGAGUAUGGUUAUGCUGAUGAUGUGUCCGAUGUGACCACGAACCCAUCAAUCAUCAACGGUCCAGGUGGUGGCCCCACUGGAAGCCGAGAUCAUUGGUCGGGUCAUGCAACACCUACAAGACUCGAUACCGGAAUGUCACCUCUCUCUCGAAACUCGGAUGCGAAUCUCAAAGCUGCUUCAGCAGCUCUUAUUGGUGCUGCUGCUGGCGCAGAAGGCGCUGCCGCCCUUGCACACCACAGCAGAGAAUCAAGCCAAGACCAUGAUGAAGAGUGGCGAAGAACUUCUGGGGAGCGCAAGCGGGAUACUCUGGUAACCAACCCGUACGAAGGCACCAGUCCUAUCGCCGCAAUUGGGGGUCAACUGGACGCAAACUUGAUGCACCAGUCAAGCUUCCAAAGCGGCCAUCAGUAUAACGCUUCCAAGACGGGCUAUCAAAGUCCAGGUGUUGUGCCCAAGGACGAAGGUUAUAUGUCUUCUGCCCCUAAUGCCCGUUCCCCACGUCCUUUCACCCCGGAACAACGCGGUAAAAAUGUCGGUUUUCUCGAUGAGAAACGGGACGGUCCAGCCAAUGCAGGAGACCCAUUCUACGCACCAGGUCAUGCUCGACAAAACAGUGACAUGUCCCACGGCAUGGGUUCACCAAUUUAUGAUAGUGCCACCGGAAAUGGAAUGGAUCGAAUCCAGUCCAAGGAUAUUGUGGCUUUGAUGGAUCACGUAUGUAUUCCUUGUUAAUGUUCUAGGAGCCUGCUAACAUCCCAUAGCUCACUGUACGCGAUGCUCAACGCAGCGCACGUGAUACAGAGAUACUUGUCACUCUCGUUCGCGCGGCCGCUGAGAUGCGAAAUUCCUUUGAAGAUAUGAAGCGUCUUUUGGCCGAUACCGAAGAUGUCAUUAUCACGGAAGUUCAGGCUAACACCGAAAAGACGGUUCAGAAGGUCAUCAACGGACCAAGGCCUCUUCCACCAAGUGCUGCUCGCUCAAUUCGGCAAGGGUCUCAGGAUGAGAUGUACGAUGAUAUCCCGAACAAGAAGAAGAAUGUGUUCCGAAGAGCACUCAAGGGACUCAGCAUGCGCAGUUCCAAUGACCUUGGAAAGAUCGAGGAUAUGCUUGUUACACUUUUGGGAGAAGUCGAAGGACUUAAAGCAGCUCAAGGAUUAAAGAAUGACAUGCGGGAGGUUGACACUUACAGUGAUCUGAAUCAAGAAGGCAACUAUGAGCAGGACCGUGGGUAUGAACCGGAGGGCAAUGCUGGUACAUCCACCGCUAGCCACGCGAGCCAAUCCGGACAUCUUUCGAUCCCGUUGUCAAGAGGACCAAGUGCAGCAAGAGGUUUUGAUGGUCGAAAGUUUUCGGAUCACCGUAUCAGCACUGUGCCGGAAGGUGACGAAGAAGAACCAGUCUCACCUGAAGAGGAACCUCGCGAGAAAGGAGUUUCUGGUACUCAUUUCGAGGAUGAGGAACGCUCACGAACCCCAACUCAAGAAUUCGCCCGAGCUGGUUCUGCUCCUUUAGAUACUCCACCCCAACCGAACCUUCCUCAGGGUUCUUUGAGCAAUGACAAUACACCAAAAACAGAAAAGAGCAAGAAGCACAAAUCGAGUAGCUCUUCUGGUUGGAUUCCCAAGGUUUCACGAUGGUCAGAAACGACAGCUUCGACUGUUCUACGAGGAUUCCGAAGUAGUGGACGCAAUAGUGGAAGAAAGGAAGAGUACACACCUCCUUCAAGAUCCGGUUCAGAUCUUGGCAAUUACGCAGAGCCUGAUCAGCAAUACGAGCAAGAUAAACUCCACUCUGGAUUUUCUGAGGAGCAAAUGCAACAAUAUGAUGAAAAUCAGCCUAUAUCAAUGCUCUCCCCUGAGGACCCCAAAUACAAGGCUCAUCGAAACUCUUUGAACCUCCAGCACCCUCAACCACGACCUGGUCCAACCCAUCGAUAUCAAACGGCCUUGGAAUCCCAAGCUCCAUUCUUUGACCAACCCAGUUCCCCAAAGUCUCUAGAUUGGGGAUCUUCAACAAGCAUCAAUCACCUACCUGCUCAACAGACAAAUCGUUAUAGCACUGGUACCAUGAACACGGCUGGAAACCUAUCUCCUAUCUCAGAUGGUGGCUACUCCAACGGUUCUGCCUCUAAUCAGGGUCCUGCCCGUCCUCCCAAGGAACCUCUCUCUCCUGAGCGGCCACCAAAGGUUCGAGCCAACAAACUUCAAAAACCAAGUCCAUUAAGUCGUGAACAUCUACAAGCUGAGCCUACUUACGAUGAUUAUCAACCUGGUGGUUCCCCAAGGUCUGCAGCUAGAAAGCUUUCUGGUGCCAUGACUGGUGUGCCAACCAGAAAGCCAACUGGUCCAAGAAGUAUGAGCACUGCAUCAAAGAGUGGUGAAGGGUUGAAUCGAGAUGAAACAGUCAUUCGCAGAAACGUAAAUAGAAGUAAGUACUCCGUAUCAUAGGCCGCGUCAGCCCAGACUAAUAGAUUUUAGAUACGUUUGGCACGGUAGCAAGUCAUCAUAGCCAUCAUAGCGAGGGGUCUGAAACUUUCUGA